GUGAACUUUGGGGUUUUUUUUUUUAAACCCGUUGAGGCUGUAGCUGGCCGCUGCUCUUCUAUUAUUAUACAAAGUAUAAUGGCUCGGUUAGUCACAAACACUGUAAUGGCGUUUAGUUAACAUAUUUUGCUGCAAGGUGGACAGGCCUGAGGCCGUUGCUAGGCACUCCAGGCAGAAACCAUGCAGCAGAAGAGGAACAUCCAAAUCAUAGAAUGGGAGGACUUGGACAAGCGCAAGUUCUACUCUUUCGGUGUCUUCAUGACCAUGAGCAUCCGUGCUACGGUCUACCCUGCCAUGCUCAUCCGCACCAGGCUCCAGGUUCAGAAGGGAAAGUCUCUCUAUAGCGGCACGUACGACGCCUUCCGGAAAAUCCUGCGAGCCGAGGGCAUUAGGGGACUUUACCGGGGUUUCAUGGUGAACACCUUCACGCUCAUAUCAGGGCAGGCGUACAUCACGACGUACGAGCUGGUGAGGAAGUAUGUCUCCAGUUACUCCAAGGACAACACUGUAAAGUCGCUGGUGGCAGGAGGGUCAGCGUCGCUGGUUGCACAGAGCAUCACCGUCCCCAUCGACGUGAUCUCUCAGCAGCUUAUGAUGCAGGGUGAAGGGGUGCAUCUGACACGCUUUAAAGUCAAACCAAAAGCGACAACUGGAGCAAAGCACAGAGUCGCUUUCGGCCAGACGAGAGACAUUAUAGCUCAGAUAUUUGCAGCAGACGGAUUCCGUGGGUUUUACAGAGGAUAUGUGGCGUCUCUUCUUACUUACAUACCAAACAGUGCAGUCUGGUGGCCUUUUUACCACUUUUAUGCUGAACAGCUUUCUAAAAUGGCGCCGAGUGACUGCCCACAUUUAGUGCUGCAAGCCAUGGCUGGACCACUAGCAGCUGCCACUGCCUCCACUGUCACUAAUCCAAUGGAUGUAGUCCGAGCCAGGGUGCAGGUUGAAGGCAGGACGUCAGUCAUUGAGACUUUCAAGGAGCUGCUCAGAGAAGAAGGAUUCUGGGGGAUGACCAAGGGUCUCUCUGCCCGCAUCAUAUCCUCCACUCCUACAGCAAUAGUCAUGGUGGUCGGCUACGAAACUCUGAAAAAACUGAGCCUCCGGCCGGAGCUGGUCGAUUCCAGACACUGGUAACGGAGCUGUCGUGUCUCAGCUGUCAUCAGUGACUUCCUCCGUCCGCGUCGUUCAUUUCAGAUUUGGUCCUCUAAACAUGUCGUGUCAUGGCUUUUGAAUAUGUCAUUUGAUGUAAUUUUAUAAUUGAUGGUUAAGGGAUUAUUUAAAUUGUCAUUAGUGGCAUUGAGUAUGUUUUAAGUGGGACAUGAUUCUUAUAUCUGCAAGGAACUCUGCUUGCUUAAAACUGUAAAAUAUUUUAUUGGGUAGAAGGGAGAUUUUAUUGUGUUAACUUAUUUUUUGUUACAAACUAGACAUUUGAGAUGUUUUAGAUUUCAGUGGGGUAAAGUUUAUUUCAUGGUUGCUGUAAGUGGUACCUGCUGCUUGUCCUUUGCCACUGUGUUAAGUACUGCACUGGAUAAUGCUCCCUCUGACAUUUUCUUUAAAAUUCUUAUUUUUAAUCACGUGAAGAGUAACUAACUUUUUUAAAAAGAAAAGGCAUACUGCUUGCACAGGAUUUGUGAAGAAAUGUGCAAAGUGUGAUUGCACUGUAAAUAUAUAACCUGUCAAUGUUCCUGUCCAUGUCACUUAGGGCCCGUUUACACGAGGACGCUGUCGGGUAAAAACGACUAAAUAUUUUAUCGGAAGUGCCUUUCGUCUACACGGGGACGGCGUUUCCGAGGCUGAAAAACGGAAAAAAUUGAAAACGCCUUCCAGAGUGGAUAAGUUAAAAACAGCCCCCGUUGCGUAUCCGUCUAAACUACCCAAUACGCGAAACUCUGCUCGGAUCUGCUCACAUCGGGUACGCGUUUACGUCAUACAUAUGUCAUAUACUGUACAUGCCAGCCCGGGAAGUAAGAAAGUAAGUAAAAAAGUAAGAGCAUGUCUGAUUACAUCGAUCCAACGGACCUUCAAGCUGCUCUGGCAGCUUUAAUAAACGUCCAGGAGUCCUUCGAACAUCUAUACCGAAUCUGCACAUAUACCGUUAAUGAACAGAGUAUAGUAUGCUCUUACUUUUUUACUUACUUUCUUACUUACCACAGCCAGAGUAGUCAAAGUUUUCGCGGCGCAGAUGUGCAGAUCAGACAAGACGGAAGACGUUGCGCAUGCGUGCAGACAUAGCGGAGGUCUUUCACAGCACCGCCUGGCACGCACAUCCAAUUGAAUUCCACACAUUUAUGCAUCACCGUAUAGACGCAGAUUUCCUCCUUGAAAACGGUCGUGUAGACGCGGAAAAAAGUGAGAACGAAAACGGACUUUUGCGUUUUUGUUUCAGACCAUCCCCGUGUAAAGUGGGCCUUAUUUUGAAUCACAUUUAUAUUUGGUAGUAGUCAUUUGCAGAAGCUUUUGUCCAGAUGGAUUUCAAAUGAAGCAUAGCUGAGGAACUGGGGGUUAAGAGCUUUGGUGAUGGGACCAACCAUAUAAUUAGUGUACAACCCAGUUUCAAAAAAAAACGUUGAGAUGCUGUGUAAAAUAUAAAUAAAAACAGAAUGCAAUGA